AUGCCUCGGGGCUUCCUGGUGAAGAGGAGCCGGCGCAGCCCGGCGUCCUACCGGGCGCGGCAGAGCAGCGACACCGGAGCAGAGCCGUGCAGCCGGGACCGGGGCGGCACCGGCGGGGCUGGGGGUCCUGGUGGAGGUGCAGGUUCUGCAGGUGGUGCAUGUGCUGCAGGUGAUGCAUAUGCUGCAGGUGAUGCAUGUGCUGCAGGUGCAGGUGCUGCAGAUUCUGGAGCUGGUGCAGGUGGUGCAGGUUCUGCAGCAGGCAGGCAGGCGUGGAGCCCGCACAUGCACUCCGCGCUGGGGGCGGAGGCGGAGCGCCAUGCGCGCUUGCCGGACUCCGAGGAGCCGGCGGGGACCCUCUCCACCCGGGGUGGGUCUGAUCUGUCCUGCUUCUACGAGUCCUGCAGCCCGAUCAACCCCAUCAGCACCCGUCUGGAACCCGGGAAGCAGGUGUCCUUCAGCGGCAGGUGUCUCACAUCCCCCCCGGUGCCGGAGAUCCCCGUCCUGCCGUUCCUGGGAACCCCCGCGCCCGCAGCGGUGUCCAUGGAGAGACUCCUCUCCUCCAGCAGCAGCAGCAGCCGCCACUACUCCCAGCCCAUGCACGCUCUCGGUGACCAGUACGAGCCCAGUUUGCAUGCUCACCUGUUCCCACCUGUGGCUCUGAUGACCCCCAGCAAGCACCAGAACAAGCCCGCCCUGCAGGGCAACCUAACCCCCCCUAAAAAGCCCAAGGUGACGCGUAAACUCAACUUCGAGGAUGAGGUUUGCACCUCGCCCGUGCUGGGUUUGAGGAUCAAGAAGGAGAGCCCGGAGGCGAGGAGGAGGCACCAGCAGCGGGACAAGCAGGGGCCCCCCGCGGGGCCCCGGGCCCCCCUGGGGGAGUUCAUCUGCCAGUUGUGCAAGGAGCAGUACCCGGACCCCUUCUCCCUGGCGCAGCACCGGUGCUCCCGCAUCGUGCGGGUGGAGUACCGGUGUCCCGAGUGCGACAAGGUGUUCAGCUGCCCGGCCAACCUGGCGUCCCACCGGCGCUGGCACAAGCCCCGGCCGGUGGUGCAGCAGCAGCUGGAGGGGAAGGAGAACGACGCGCUGCUGCUGCUGACCCGGGACCGAGCACCCCGGUCCCGGGAGGCUCGGACCCGGGUCAGCCCGGACCAUGAGAGCCGGGACCCGGACUACGACCUGAGAGCCGCCGACAGCCCUCCAUCCAGCCUCCUCCUGCUCAUCAGUAAGAAUGAAAUUGUUCUGCCAUGGCACCUUCCUCCUCCUCCUCCUCCUCCUCCUCCUCCUCCAACUCUCUCCGCCCCGCAGUUCGUCCCCUCUCUCCCGGACGAGGAGGUGUACGAGUGCCGCUACUGCGGGAAGAAGUUCCGCCGGCAGGCUUACCUGAAGAAGCACAUGGUGGCGCACGAAGUGACGCCUCCGUACGGGCCGGAGAGCGAGGCCGGCGGCGGCGUGUGCAUGUGUCACCUGUGCGGGGCGCGCUUCCCCUCGGCCGACAUCAGGGACAAGCACCGGCUCUGGCACGCCAUGCGGGACGAGCUGCUGGCGGAGACCCGCAGGGUGGAGACUGUGUUCCAGGGCAGUGGUUCCGAGGAGGGAGACCCUGCACAGCACCAGAGCUUCACCUGCAAGUACUGUCCCUCCACCUUCUUCAGCUCACCUGGCCUCACCAGACACAUCAACAAGUCUCACCCCACCGAGAACCGGCAGGUGAUGCUGCUGCAGAUGACAGUCAGGCCGUGA